GUGGAAUAAGAAAUAUAGGCUGUAGUAAAGAUGAAGCUACGCUUAGCAUCUGUCUCCCUCUUUCUAGCCAUCAUGCUAACAGUGUGCCUUCCUUGCUUCUCAGUCAAAAGCUUUGAUUUCUUCUCUCUAGUGCUCAUGUGGCCGGGAGCUUACUGCCAGCAAACGAAUGGCGGAUGCUGCCUUCCGACGACGGGGGAGCCGGCGGCGGAUUUCCUCAUUAGGGAUCUCAUAACCUACAGCUCUAAUGGAGAUUCCAUCACCAAGUGUCAGAAUAUAAAUUUCGAUUAUAAUCAGAUCUCAAGCUUGAGCGACGAUCUGGAGGCAUACUGGGCGAACAUCAAAUGCCCUAGCAACAAUGGCAAAUCCAGCUGGAGAUCCAAGUGGAAAACCUAUGGAGUCUGCUCCGGCCUGAACCAAACCAGCUACUUCGAAACCGGCCUCCGUCUCCUCCAGAAAGCCGACAUAUCCUUCAAUCUCGUCAAAAAUGGCAUCCAUCCCGACUACAAUCUCUACAGACUCGCCGAUAUAAAGAGCGCCAUUACCGAAGGCAUCGGCGCGGAGCCUCUGAUCCGAUGCAGCAGGGGGCCGUUCGGUAAGUUUCAGCUUUUCGAGGUGCAUAUCUGCGUCGAUAAUGGCGGAUCGGCGGCGAUCGACUGCCCUGUGAAGCCUAAGUUUAGCUGCAGUGAGGAGAUACUGUUCCAUCCUUAUAGGGGGUGGAUGCUGAACGAUACCACGAAAGGGAUUGGGACUGGUUCGGUGAUGGAUCUGCUGCCGAUUGAUGUGGAAUGAGAGGUGGAGGGGAAGAGGGAGGGAGUGUGAUUAGGGUUUAGGGUUGAAUAAUGGAGGAAGUAGCCGAUGGAACGCGAACGCUUGUUCUGCUGUUCUUAGGUUUUGGUUUAUGGUGUUGCGCUUCUGCUUGUAAGAUUGAAGGAAUGUGUUCUUCACUUCUUCUUCUUUCUCUCAGUAGUUCAUGGCAGCAAUAAAUGGGCAAGUAAAAUUUAAAUAAAA